AUUAAUUACACCUUAUCAUGUGCCCAAGGGCACAAGAUAGCAAGACCCUUUUUUAAAUUCAUAAUGUAGAUCUCAAAGAUUAAUUAGUAAUUUGACAUAAUAGGGCAUAGUCCACAGUAAAUUUGGCUUCUCUCGCACCGUUCAACCCCUCUGUGCUCGUAGCUAAUCCUUUUUCAAUCUCUACAACUUCAACAAAAAUCCUUAAACAUGAAGCCAAAAUCAUCGGUGAAUCGACCUCCAACACCAGAUGUUGCCGAUAAUCUCCCAGAAAGGGAACCCACGUUUCAGGAACUCCUCAAUAUCAAGUUUAUUGAGACUGGAGAGAAGGAGCGGUUGAUGGAACUUUUGAGGGAAAGACUUGUGGAUUGUGGUUGGAAGGAUGAAAUGAAAUCUAUCUGCAGAGCUUUUGUGAAGAAGAAAGGAAGGAAUAAUGUUACUCUAGAUGAACUUAUACACGUAAUUACUCCAAAGGGUCGAGCCUCUGUACCUGAUUCUGUAAAAGCUGAGCUAUUGCAAAGGAUUCGAACAUUUCUUGUUUCUGCAGCUCUCUAAUGGCUUGAUCGGUUAUAAUCUCGCGACAUUCUGUAAAGGGUUAAGGGUUCGUGCUUGGAUUGUAGUUGGAAUUGCGGCAGCACUCUUUUCAAUGAUAAGUAACAAAGAGAUUGCUUCUGAAAACUGAACUUGAAAACAUUGGAAAGAGUACUGCCAAUUUUCCAAACAUGAAAGAACUGCACACAUCUGUACCAGAUUUUGUGUUGCAGAGGUAUGAGUAUUGUUGUAAAACCAGUAUUUUUCUCCUUCCUAUAAAAAUUUGAUAGAUAACUUUACUAUCAAAGUUCUGAUAGUAGCAAUUAA